CAGCUGUCAAUGAGAGAAUUUGGAGAAGGUUUGCAAGAGCAGAUGAACUGUAUGAUGGGAGCACUCCAGGAACUGAAACUCCUCCAGGUCCAGGCAGCUCUUGAGCAGCUGGAAAUUUCAGGGGAACACAACCAUCUCACACAUUUGAGAACAAAUCAGUGUUGUCUAAGCGUAAGAGAAGCCUAUGGGGUCAGGCAUCAAUCCAACAAAACAGGCUGCAAAGCCACUGGAAGGUGGGAGAAGUCCAGACAACAGCUCGUUGGCUGACAGCUCACUUAACUUUGUUUCUGUGCCAGGACCAAAAUUAGGUCAUCAGGUAAUGUCUGCAAGAGGAAGACAGACUGAAAUUAUAUGUGCACCAUCUUCUGUCUCACCUCCAACAGAAACUUGUCCCACACUUGAAUCACAAGCACCAGGUGCUGUCUUUCAGAGCCACCAUUUGAACAAUGUCACCUAUUCGUAUUUUGGCCAAGAGCAAUGCAAUGAUGAAUCUAUAUAUGACGAAAGAAAUGACUGGACAUCUUCACUUAUGUCACAAAGCCGAAAUAGGCAGCCUCUUAUCUUGGGUGACAAUAUAUUUGCGGAUCUUGUUGGAAACUGGUUAGAUUUGCCUGAGUUGGAAAAGAAAGGUGAAAAGAAUGAAAGCUUACUUAAUACCAGUAGAUCCCAAGAGAUCUACAAAAAGUUCUCCCUUACAGCCAACUUUUUCAAAAAAUUCCUAAGAAGUGUACGGCCUGACAGGGAUAAACUUCUCAAAGAGAAGCCAGGCUGGCUACAUCUGGAUGAUCAAACACCUCAGAUAUCUAAAAGGAGCAAGAAGACCAGUAAACAAAAAAAUGUCUUUUAUUUCCCAUCACAAACUGAUGUAAAAAUAAAAGUUGAUAAGCCAAGCAAAAUUAGCAGAAAAAGUAUAGCAAUGAAUAAAACAUAUUCUAAAAAUGACCAGGGAAAAGAUGAGGCUGUGUACACAGGAUUUGAUAUGAACACAGCAGUUUGGGUAUAG